CUACUGUCAUAUCCAUGCGCCUGUAACUGAAAUCGAUAUGCAAAAGAGAUUUAGGACGUGUUUUUUUGUGAUAUGAAAGUAAAUUUUUCUUAAUAAGCUGAUUGUUGCAAUAUCGGUGAAGACCUGUCUGGUUUGUCCAAAUUAUUCAGGUGUAUGAAAUGUAUCGGGUUAUCUGUUCUAAGUGGUUUAUCUCCGGCGUGUCCUUGACUGUCGGGGCAGCUAUCGGUGUGUCGGUGAACGAAGGUUUGAUAGACUGUAACACCGGUCCGAGCUAUGGUUUGCUUAGCCGUGUCCCGGUUAUUCCUAUUCCUUGCGUGGACGCAGCAACUGACCUCACCACCACGUACCAAGGAGGUAGCCAAAUGGCUGGGCCCCGCUCAUCAGCUGCGAUGAAGUACGGGUUUCCAUCUCUUGCCAAUAUCAAGAGUAGAGAGUCCUACGUGACUUCUUAUGAUCCUAGAAACCGGACUGCUGCGUGGGUUUUAGAGCAGCUCAGCCCCGAAUGCUUGACUGGACCGUCUGACAGGAAAUAUAGUGAGUUUAAAGAGGACGAGACGGUGCACGUGUACCACAGGGCUACUCUUGCGGACUACCGAGGCAGUGGAUUUGACAGGGGGCAUUUGGCAGCAGCUGCCAAUCAUAAAUGGAGCCAAAAGGCAAUGGAUGACACUUUUUACCUUAGUAAUGUCUCACCACAGAAUCCUAACAUGAAUCAAAAUGCAUGGAACAACUUGGAGAAGUACUGCCGUUCACUUUGCAAGCACUACAUGAAUGUGUUUGUGUGCACAGGACCACUUUACCUCCCCAGACAGGAGCAUGAUGGGAAAAUGUAUGUGAGGUACCAGGUGAUUGGGAAGAACCACGUGGCUGUCCCCACCCAUUUCUUCAAGGUGGUGAUCCUGGAGAAGCAGAGGGGUGACGUGGAGCUGCGCUCGUAUGUGAUGCCCAACACACAGGUGGAUGACAAGAUACCGCUGGAGCACUUUCUGGUGCCCAUUGAGAGCAUUGAGAGAGCCUCUGGACUGCUCUUUGUACCCAACAUUAUGAAAAGGACAAGUAGCUUGCUAGCUAUCACUGCCGGACGCAAAUAGGUUUGGUCACCUUGAUGUAGUGUCCUGUUCAUUUGGAUACACACCCUUUAGACUGGCAAUGGCCAAGCAAGGCUUAAUUCGUGUUAUUUUGGCAGCAGGAUAUUAUGCAGGCAUGCACUUAGAUUUUCUUUAUCACAAUAAAGGCCCUCAUUGAAAUAUAUAAGGCAAGAUAGUUAACGGUCUAGGCUGUGAGAAAGAACAGACAAGAACAACAUUUGAAUGGACUUUAAACAUAAAAUGAUUGUUAACUAUGUUGCCUUAUAUAUUUCAAUGAUGACUUUUAUUUUGAAAAAUUAAAUCUGAGUUAACGCUGCUAGCUUAAUAUCCUGCUGCUAGAAGAACAGUAAUGAAACCUGGAAUGGCCAUCACUUCUUUAGACUACUGGACCGGGCCUUGUCCCUCAUCAUUCAGGUCUGUUUAAUUUAUUCAUCUACUCAGGAAGGCAUUUGUGAUCUAUGAAUUUGGGAAUUGUAAGUAGGUUUGCAGACAGCCCCAGUUUAACUUUGCGUAAAGUUGUUGCUAUUGCUAGACAAAAUAGGGACACAAACGUUUUUUUUUACAUAUGCAGUGGGUGGUGUAUAUAUGAGAUAAUGGGCUAUGAGUGGAAUUUACAAAUGAUUUUACAGGUCCAGAGUUUUGGGGCAAUAUGGUGCUCUUAUGUAACAGUUAAAGGUCCCUUGAUGUGGUGAGAACAGUUCUAUUAGUCUCUGUGGGACACACGGUAAAACAGUCCUUCCAGCAAUUACUCUUGCAGAUUAUUUAUUGAUUGUAAUAUAAUUGCUACUGAACUGUGUGUUUUUCCCCCCACAUUGCUCUCUUAAAAUGUAUUCACUUACUGUACAUUGCUCUGGAUAAUAGUGCCUGCUAAUUUAUUCAAAUGUAAUGUGAAUGUAGAUGGGCAGUUGAGCGCUGUUCAGGUGGUAGGAUUUCUUUGGUCAUGAUUGACCUGUACUGUAAAAGUAAUAAUUUACCUCUGGCCAUGCUGUUGUGCUGUGUCAAUAUAGUGUGUCACUCAGUUAUGUGAGCUUCUACUAAAUUAGUUGAAUUUAAUUCAA